GAGCUCGGUCUCAUUCCUCUGAGGAGAUUUUCCUCCUGUCUUUCUCUCAGCGCGGAGAGAAACCGCACACACACCUGGAGUGGCACUCGGCGUUCUGUAAGACACCUGAGGGAACCGAAAACAGAAACUUAAACCGUUUUCUGGCACUAAAAAAACAUGGGAAUUGGUCACUUUUAAGGCUCAUUUGUAUGGAAGAAGAAGAAGAAGGAGGAGGAGGAGGAACAGAGCAGCAACCGGAGCGCCGAAGUCUGUUUUUAUCGGUUUCUUAAGUAAUAUAUAAACAUAAAAAAGGACAGCAGAAGACGUUUUCACGACGUGGCUUGUCUUCGUGGAGGACGUGAACCUGUAUCAACGUGAGAACUUUUAGUUUGUUUUGAAGGAACCGCGUCUUGACAGAGUCCUGCUGGAUUUACCGGACUCUCUGUGGAGAACUUUUUUCCCUCAGACUUUCACACAAAACAACGGAAUCGAAUUGAUAUCGUUUUUAUUAUUGUUGGUUUAUGAGCUGCUAUAGCGCCAGCCAACAACCUUAAAAAAAAAGAAAGAAAACAUUUUCCAUUUUGCCUCCUGACAGGAAAAUGAGCCGUCAUUUUAGUUCGGCUAACCCGUUUCACACGGACUAGCUAACCAUUUUCCACCUUUAUCAAGAGUCUCAAGUGCUUCGUUUAUUGUUUUUACGGUCUUUUUUAGUUACUCAUUUUCGCCUCAGGAGUUUUUUUUUUUUUUGCCCGUUGAGUCUACACCGGUUUCGAAUCGGUUGCUGGUGCUCUGAGCGCGCUCGAGAGCUGCGCGCGCCGCGUGAGCGAGCAUUCUUCACAGGAAGAGGCGCGCGCGCGGGCGGGCUGUAGGCAGGAGCCCGGAUACCUGUUAACUUUUUACUUUCGCCGCGCGCGAGCGAGCGUGCGCCCGAAACGCGCGAGUGUGCGUGCGUGCGUGCGUGUGGUGCGCGAGUGGAGCGCGCGCGCUCGCUCGCUCGAGAGUGUGUGGCUCGUCGCCGCGGGAAGCAGCUCAUCUGCGGUCACCGCUCGGCGUACUCGGGGAAUGGACGCGAGAGCCUCCGGUCAAGUUUCGCGUGCGGUCUCGCGCGCAGGCUCGCCUAUAACCGGACUGCUAUAGCCCGAGCCCGAGCGAGUCGCAAGCGGAAUAUUUCAAAGAGCGACGAGCGUGCACAUAUACAUAUAUUUAUAUGUGUGUGUGUGUGUGUGUGUGUUUCUUUCCCUGCUAAGCGGAUUUACACCGGACCACUACAAUGUCAUUUGCACGGGUUUGCUUUGGAGCUCUGCUGCUGUGGACGAUUGUUUGUGAUGUUGCAGGUAAAGUUUCUCCAACCAACUAUGAUGCUCUGCUUAAUGUCCCUGCUGCUACUGCCACCUCUGCCCCCCCAGACCUCUACCUUCCUGCCAGCUUCAAACUCUCCAACACCCAACUGGCAUUCUUUCUUCAAGAGAGCCGAACUUCAGCCCGGAAUGCCCCCAGUGGCCACCCUUUGCACUGUUCUGAGAGCUUUGUGGUCUUUCAGACCAAGGAGUUACCUUCAGUCAACAUCUCUCUGGGUCCUUUCACCCAGGACCAGACUCUUUCCAAAGAUCUUUUACAGCCGUCAAGUCCCCUGGACAUCCCAGGUAGGCUGACGGUCAGCUGGAAGGUGCGAGCAUUCAUUGUGCAGUCUAAGGUCUUUGCAAGCAACCCAGUGGUCCAGGUGCUGUUUUACAUUGCAGGCCGGGACUGGGACGACUUUAAGGUGCAGGACAAACUUCCUUGUGUGAGGUUGCAUGCCUUUCGAGAUGUUCGGGAAAUCAAGACUUCUUGCAGGCUCCAAGGUAACUUGGCACAGUGCUUGGCCCAACUGGACCUCCCGUCUACUUGGUUUAAUGUCAAUGUGGCGCCCUUGGGCCGCAGGAAGCCCUCAGUGGCAGAUGUUUUGGAGAUGUCUGGGGAAACUUUUCAGGCAGAGCUCUACUACACCCUUCAUGAUCCAGACAGCAAGGGGGAGUGCAGUGAAAGUUAUUCCAGGCGAGGAGCAUCCAGGGCAGAGAGCACAUCCCAGCAGCCACUACUUCGGAUUGGAAGCAUCAGCCUGUACCAGCCCAGUCAGGAGCAACUGGUAGUGGACAAGCAGCUGGACAAAAACCUCUUCUUGAGGCUACCGGACAAACCGUUAAAGCCUGGAGAGAUACUCAACAUCUACCUGUAUUUGGUGCCAAACUCGACAGUAGAACAGUUUACUCUCAAAGUGAAAGCGAAGAAGGGGGUGAAUCUCCUUAGCACCAAGUCGAAGAGCAGCCAAUGGAAGGUGGACUGGGAGGAGCAGUCUGGGGCCAAGCACUCCAUUACCACAGUGGAAGUCAGCAAGAUCAAAGGUGUUUCCGGCGAUGUGAGUGCCAACCUGGAAAUCAUGCAGCUGGAUUUUGAAAUGGAGAACUUCACGAGCCAGUCAGUGACGAGGAGAAUCAACUGGAACAUCGAUUACCGUGGCCAGAAUCCUCCUCCAGACUCGGACAAGGUGGUGACCGAGUUGACGGUGGUGCAGAAAGAUAUUCAGGCCAUCAUCCCACUGUCUAUGGACACUGAGAUCAUCAACACAGCUGUGCUGACCGGCCGGACUGUCGCCAUCCCUGUCAAAGUUGUCUCCAUAGAACUGAGCGGGAUGGUCACGGACAUCUCCUCGUUUGUGGAGUGCAAGUCGUCCAACGAGGACAUCGUCAAGGUGUCUAUGAACUGUGAUUACGUGUACGUGAACGGGAAGGAGACACGAGGCUCCAUGAACGCACGUGUGAUCUUUAGUUACGAGCACCUAAGCGCCCCUCUGGAGCUCACUGUAUGGGUGCCCAAGCUGCCUCUAAACCUUCAGCUUUCUGAUAACAGCCUCAGCUUCAUCAAGGGAUGGAGGGUCCCGAUUCUGCCUGACCGCAGGUCGGCUCGUGACAGUGAUGAUGACGACGAGGACGAGAGGAAGGUGAGCCGUGGCUGUACCCUGCAGUACCAACGAGCCCAAGUGAAGGUUCUCACUCAGUUCCACACUACCUCCAGUGAGGGCACCAACCAGGUGAUCACCAUGCUGGGGCCUGACUGGCAGGUGGAUGUCACUGACCUGGUGCAGGACUCGCUUAAAGUUGUGGAUCCCCGUGUGGCUGAGUUAGUGGAUCACACUGUGCUGGUGGCCCUGGAGCAGGGAUCGACCAUACUGAAGGUUGAAUCCCCAUUGGCAGUGGAGGCCGUGUUGGGUGAAGUAUUAUUCUCUGUACUGGAUGAUAAAGUUUCCAUAAUGAAUCUGCGUGUGCACGCCAUCUCUGGACUCAGCCUCAGUAUCCAGCCCAGUCCGGGAAACAGUCACACCAUGGUGGCAAAGGCAUCAGGGCUACAGACGCUCUCUGCUCUUAAACAGGAAGCCAGCCUUUCGAUUUGGGCUUACUUCAGUGACAACACAGCAGCCCCUUUAAGCAUAUAUGACCCCAAGGAUUACAACCUUAAUGCCUCCACACUGGACGAAAAAGUGGCUUCAAUUUCCCAGGAGCCUCAGCAAAGGUGGCCUGUUAUCGUCGCAGAGGGGGAGGGAUCCGGCGAGCUCGUCCGUGUGGAAAUGACCAUAUGCGAAGCGUGCCAGAAGACUAAACGAAAAAGUGUUAUCGCUUCCUCUUCAGUCAAUGUAAAAGUGCGCUUCGGGCCUGACGAGGAUUCGGAAGAGGAAGAUGAAGGGGAUGAAGGGGUGCCACCUAACACGGGAAGACCAAUUCUUGAUACAAACAUGGGUGGUACUGGAUAUGUGUCAUCCAAUGAGCAGCCUGCAAGUGUGUCACUUGACUACACAAGCUUCCCCACUAUCAGUAACCAGCCAACUGUGGAGGAAGAGGAUGAAGAAGAAGGGUUUACUCACUCUCCUCGCAGCAUGACCGACUUAGAGAUUGGCAUGUAUGCCCUCUUGGGUGUUUUCUGCCUGGCCAUUCUGGUCUUCUUGAUCAAUUGCAUUGUAUUUGUCCUCAAGUACCGCCACAAGCGAAUACCACCUGAAGGUCAGGCCAACAUGGACCACUCUCACCACUGGGUGUUUCUCGGAAAUGGGCAGCCCUUACAAGCUCAGAGCGACCUCUCACCUCAAACAGCAGAAAGUCCAAGCAAUGCUUUGGAAGGGCCACAAACUUGCUGCCACGGAGACCACCACAGCAGCGGCAGCUCCCAGACAAGUGUGCAAAGUCAAGUGCAUGGCCGAGGAGAUGGCAGCUCGGGUGGCUCCACCAAGGAACACGGUGAAGACGCAAGUUCCCCCACAUCCAAGCGCAAACGAGUCAAAUUCACCACAUUUACCACACUCCCCGCUGACGAGCUCCCCUACAACUCGAUCCCCAUCGCCGAUGACGAUGAUAUCCAGUGGGUGUGUCAGGACAUGGGGUUCCAGGACCCUGAAGAAAUGCACGACUACAUGCGCAGGAUAAAAGAAAUAGCCUAAUGGUGGCUUUGGGAUUUCUUAAAAAAAACUUUUCCUUUCUAAUCUCCCUCUCCCUACCUUUACUCAUACAAAUUUCUCUUUUCACACGUAUGGAGAAUGUGACUAAGGACCUAGAGUCCUGUUUCUCCGAGGUGUUACUUUUUGCACAGUGCUCUCGUUCUUUUAAAUGUUCACACGUUUUCGGGGAACUGUUUGCGUAAAACAGCAGAUGGAAAGCCAAAUACGAGACUAGGAGAUCUUUUAAUCGCUAGCACAAACGGCUUUGGAGUGUAUGUCGUCCUUUCUCAGGCAAAGAGGACAUAAUCUCAAACCGAACACACAGAGUUUUGAGUUGUGAGCCGUGGUGUCGAAAUGGAUUCCUGAAGUGCUCCAUCACUCCCGUUGGGAGAAGGUAUGGGUCACCCUGUGGACAGGAUAUUUCUCAGAGGAACGCCACACUGUGUAGUUAUUUUUUUUUCCAGUUUGUUCCGUUUUACUUUUUCCAAACAACCGUAUAUUCUCCAAUAAAGAGGCCUUUAUAGUGCAGAUUUCCAUUUGAUUCAGAGAAAGGUGUUUGAGAAGGGGUCGUCAUUGCGGCAUCAUCGGCAACUUAACACUCUAUUUCUAAAACUGCGAUUUUUUUUUGCAGCAUUUUGGCCAGUAUUGACAAAUAUCAUCAUUCCCAUUUUUCAUGUUCAUUGUGCCACGUUAUUUUUUUAAUGUUAUUGGAUUUCAUGUGUGUAGCAUUUUAUACAUCGUAAUAUACGUCCAUUUGGCAUGCCAUCUCCGGUUUGCUCGUUUUCCUGCUCAAGUCGGAUGCCUUAUAAAAUUUUAAUCACUGCAACCUUCCACGUCAACGCCACGCUCGUUUACAUCCAGGAGGCUCAACGCAAAAUGGGUACCGCCGUGCGUCAUUGAAAUUGGCAUUGGCCGCGUUGUUUGUUAUGACAUUACAAUAUCUUCAUAUCUCCAGCAUUCGUAUGCAUGAAAGGAGAGUUUGAGACACAGACAGCUGUUGAUCCCCUUCCCAUCAGAUCUUUCCAGAUUUGUAAACGUGCGUCUUGUGACAGUUAUUUAAUUAUACAUACGUAAUGAACAGUAGAGGACAUGUAAUGUUGUGACAUGCUUUCCAUGCAUGCAGUUCCAGACACUUUACCUCUUGUGUACAUACCAUGCUAUCGUCCUAGUCAUUCAUUUUUCGUUCUCAAGAGAAAAAUAGAUACAGAGGUGCUGACAUCAGCAGUUUUAGCUUUUACAUUUCGGUAGGGGAUGAUGAUAAAGAGGCGAGUCUGCUUUCGCCUUCAACUUUGCUACUUCGUGGGUCCAUGGACUCGUUUUACAGGCAGCAAUCUCGUAUAGCAACAUAUGCUCAAGUUUUUAUUAUAAACAUCUUUUUUUUAUUAUUGUUAGCAAUGUUGGCACCUCUGUAGCUAUCAGACUUCUCAGUCAUUUCAAUCCAUAAUCACUCUUAUUUAUAGGAAACAUGAAAAUGAAUGCUAAGAACGUACAGAAGAAAGUUAAUCAAGCACAUGCAGGAAAUGCGUAAAUCUGCGCUGUAGAUAAAUUAACUUUCAAUGCUAAUUGUGAUCACCACUAAUUUUUUAUUUUUUUUUGUAAAGCAGUGUACUCUUAUUUAUUCCAUAUUGAUUCUUUUUUCAAUUAUUAAACCAAGACUGGAAAUAAUGCAUUAUUAUUAUUGUUGUUUUUACAAGUAAAAAAAAAAGGCAGAACUUGUUUUAUGCAAUGUUUUAUGUUUUUAGUUUUGUUUAUUUCUUUGAAACUAUUGAUACACUGAUUAGAGAGAGAUAGUAUUUUUUUUAUAGUGCACAUUAAAAUUAGUGUAUGAACUGAAACUGCUGUUUUUUUUUUAUUAAAUAACUGCAAAUGUUUUUAGUUCGAGUUUUAUAGGUCAGGGAUCUGACUGUACAAGGGAUCGUUUCAUUCACAAACACUUCAUUUUUUCAUUAUGUGGAACUCGCGUCUUGUUCAUGAAACACCCAUUAUUAAUUGUAAUACGACUAAAUGUAUUUUUUGUUUGUUUAACUUUUUGGCUUCAUCCAAUGUCAUUUUUCUGUCAAGCUCAGAAAUCGCAGAGGACCUAAUACCGACCCCUGCAGCACCUCCUAAACUACAUUUGCAGCUACACAAUCUUUGUACUCCAAGUUUUUAUUUAAAUGAUAUACUGGAGCAUGUUGAAAGUUCUUCAAGUUCUGGAAAUUAAACGGGAGAACAUUUAUUAUAUUUUUUUUUUUGCUAUUUUUGCAAUCAACACCUCCUUGAAAUCCUGUCAAAUAGAGCCUGAACUCGAAAUUCGGUUUCCAAUUCAGCAAUAGUGGCUCAGGGUGAAUGAAAAAAUGCAUCCAAACAACAUGUAUGAAAUAAGAUUAACUGAUGGGGUGUUAAUAUUUAUUAAAAGUGACCGUCAAAGUUUCUAGUAGCAACUCACACCCUUUUUUUUUCCCCUUUUCUCCCUUUUAAUUGAAUAAUUUCAAUGUUCACUAGAGAAUGUCAGCAACACUUUUGCAUUUCAGAUUGUUCCAUCGCUUACACGGAUGUGCAAAUAGAUUUUAAACCAGAGCAUCUGUUUUCCAAGGAGGUGCUACUAGGUCUUUGCUAUGACCUCAUCACAUGAUGUGGACUUGCGUGAAGUACGUGAAGCGCGACUCAAUGGGAACCUUUUAAAGCACGGAAACUGGCAGUGCUUUCCUGCCUCAUUCUUAAUGUACAGAGCACUGUUACGACUUCCUGUAUUUUCCUGGAUUUAAAGAGAAAACAAAAACAACAAAAAAAAAAAAAAAAAAACACCCCCAUCCCUUGUAUUCCCCACUUAUAUGUAAGUACUUACGAAAAAUAAAAUACAGAAACCUU